AUGUGGCUAGAUGCUACAAGCGAGACCUGCGUUAAAUUUAAGUCAGAAGAAUGUGGAUGGAUUGUCGUUAACGAUAAACUUACGCCACUAUGGUUCCACGGAGAUCCAACUCCAUUAAGAGUUGAAGAUAUACUAGUUAUAGAGCACAAUGAUAGUGACGACGAGGACUAUACUGUCGAUAGUUCCGACAGCGAUAGGAGGCCACAAAUUGAAGUCGGGGAUGCGGAGGAGGAUAUUCCCACUCAACGGAAUAUUCCUGUCAUCGAUAUAACAGAUGAUGAUGAAAACGACGUUGCAAAAGAUGACGGAAUACCAUCCGAUAUAAAUUUAUAUUCCCCAAUGCAAAAACACGAGAGGGAGGAGAUGAGAAGAAAAAGAGAAAGAUGGGAGAGACCGACACAGGAAGAGGAGCAGGAAGAUGAAAAUUUGGAUGAGGAGGAAGAAGCAAGGGGAAUAAUAGAAGGGGAAGAUAGAGAAGAUGAAAAUGAUGACGAGGAAGACGGAGAUGAAGAAGAAGAGCAGGAUGUAGACAAAGACGGUAUUGAUGAAAAGGAAGGCGACGACAAUAAUGAAAAGAGAGGAAAGGGGAAAGCGGCGGAAGAUGAUGAAGGAUGUGUUAGCUCCGGCUCCGGCUCGGAUGAAGUCGAGGAAGAGCAGGAUGAGGAGGAGAAGAAGGAGCCAGAGGAAGGAGAAAAUGAGAAAGUUUCUUCACCCAAUAUGACGGGUAAUUAA